CCAUCAACGGCAUAGAUGCUUAACGAAGCGUCUCCGCGCCGAGAUUACUUGGCACUGUCUUUCCACCUUCCAAAGCUCGUUAGCGCAAUAUUGGCAUCCAAAUCCCCAGCAAGGGCCCUUGCGUUCAUUGUGCUUACGACUACGAAGUGCUAAUGCGGGUUUUUCAUCAUGUUAGGAAACGAUGAGCGAUGAUUCAAAUGAAUGGGGUUGUAUAAAUUCAGGUCGUCCGCCCUUUGCUAAUUGAUCCAACCACGGUCCUUCAAUUACAUCGCCGAUAUGGUCCAACAAGCAACCUUGGUACUUUUGGCGUCCGCAGCCGGCGUGAUCGCUUCACCCGUCGGCGAGCUUCAACGUCCUUUCAAUGACUUGAACAAACGCGCAAACCCAGCACGACCUCCUCCUUUUGUUGGUGGAUGGUCGUCUAAUGGCGGGGUGCAUCGCCGCCAAGAUGGGGAUGUUUGCACAACAGACUCCUGCAAGAAGUUUGCAGACUCCGUCAUAGCAGGUCGUGCAGAAAAUUACACUGAAGUCGACCCGUGCACUGACUUUGCAACUUAUACUUGCAGUGGGUGGUGGGCGUCUCAUGACUUCAGGCCUGAUCAGUCCAACAUCGGUGUUCUGUCCAUCAUGGCAGAUGUCAACAAUGCGUUGAUGCGCACUAUUUUGGAGUCUCCCUACCCGGACAACACCACCAUUAACAGCACUUACGCUUCGGACAAUGCUGAUGAACUGGACAAGCAAAACUUUGUAAAGAUGACUGCAGCCUACGAGUCAUGUAUGGAUGUUGAGGCGAUUGAUGCCGUUGGUGCCAAACCUUUGCAAGAUAUCCUAGAGGCUUACCGAUCUGAGUCCGGAAACGCGACAAGUCUUACAGACAAAUUGAUCUGGGUUCAGAAGUACGGAGGAAGCGGUCUUGUACAAGCCACUACUUGGGCAGAUGACAAGACUCCCGAUGUUACUACUGUGGCUCUUGGCCCUGGCCAGCUCGGCCUUGAUGCUAAAGAAUACUACGAAGACGCGGAUGCUAUCGCAAACUACACGACCGCUAUCGUUGGAAUGUACGACAACAUCUUUGGCGAGGAAGAACAUGAUAAGCACGCCAGCCUUGCUAGCGACAUCGUCAAGCUCGAGCAAGCCCUCUCUGCAGCCACACCGGACCCCGCUGACGCGGCCAGCGUGGAGUAUUACUACAACCCCAUGCCCAUUGCUGAGGCCGAUGCUCUGCUCCCCGACGUCUCGUUCGCAAACUUGAUCAAAGCGUUCGCCCCCAGCAACUACACCGUCGGCAAUGUUAUCGUGCUUGCCCCCGAGUAUUUCCCCAAAGUUUCGACCAUUCUAUCAAAUGCCACCAGCCAAACCGUUGAUGGUUACUUGGAGUGGGUUCUCAUUCAGACUUGGGCCACGCGCCUCUCUGAUGAUGUGUCUGCUCCUUACCGUCGCCUUCAGAACGAACUCACCGGUAAAGAUCCUGAAGCUGUUGCUGAGCGCUGGAGGACUUGCUUGACCGAUGUUGACACCAACAUCCCAUGGAUUGAGAGCGCUUUCUUCGUCCGACAAGCUUUCAGCCCUGAAGCCAAGACAUAUGGUGAACGCAUCAUCACCGAUAUCGAGAAUGUGUUCCAGGAGAAGCUCAAGAGCUACGAAUGGAUGAGCGCAGACGUAAAGACCAAGGCGAUUCAAAAGGUUCUCAAUAUGGUUGAGAAGAUCGGAUAUCCCGAUAUUUCUCCCAACGUCCAGGACCCCAAGGCCCUUGCAGAUUUGUAUGCCCCUGUCAACGUCACAGACUCUUGGUUUGAGAAUGGACUUGCAUACAACAACUUCACCCUUACCAACCAAUGGAACGAUUUGCUUCACCCUACCGACAAGAACCGUUGGUACAUGACUGCACCAACAGUCAAUGCCUACUUCAACCCUCCCACCAACGAAAUCGCUUUCCCUGCUGGUAUUAUGCAACAACCCUUGUUUAACCUCGACCUUCCCGAAUACGUCUCUUACGGAGCUUUCGGAGCCGUCGCCGGACACGAACUUACCCACGCUUUCGAUAACGGAGGAUCGCACUACGACGAGACUGGCGCUUACAAUGAUUGGUGGGACAACUCGACGCUUUCAGCCUUCAACAACAAGACCCAGUGCUUCGUCGAUCAGUACUCCAAGUACUCCAUCACCACCCCCGCUGGCGAGCAGCUCAAUGUCAACGGCCAACUUACACUUGGAGAGAACAUCGCUGACGGUGGAGGUUUGAACGCCGCCUAUGCCGCGUGGAAGGAGAGGAAUGAUGAAAAGGCCGAUCAGCUCCUGCCUGGUCUUGAGGAGUACACCAGGGAGCAGCUCUUCUACCUUUCUUUCGGUGGUGUUUGGUGUGGUGAGAGAAGGCCGGCCGAGGCGGUCAGGAGGAUCUACUCGGAUCCCCACUCCCCGCCCAACUUCAGAAUUAUUGGCACCGUCGCCAACCAAAGAGGCUUCAAGGAGGCUUUCAACUGCCCUGUCAAGGAGCCGACUUGUGAACUGUGGUAA